AUGCAACAAGAGCGCCCACGCUAUGUGAUCAACAGGCCAGCCUACUCCCUCCCAGACUUUGAUGGGGAGUUUGACAAGAAGAAACGGACCUUCCCCAUAGGAGAGAAAGUGAAGAAAUGCUUCAGGUACAGUAUUUACAUUCUGCUAACUAUCAAAAGCCCACAAGUGUUUAUCUCAUUUCAUGAGUCAAUGAAGUUCAUCUGACAAAACUUUAGUACUUUCAUUAAGACAUUUACAUUUUAAUCCAGGAUGUUCCCCUUGAGAGAUCUGGGCUAGUACUAUACCAAAUAAAGAGGAGACAGCGAUGAGGCCAUAGGGUGACUGUUCUAACCAGACUUGCAUGCUGAUGCACAUUAUUAGGUGCUCUGGGUCUCGACUCAAGUCCUUGCUGUUCAGACACCUGCCUAUCCUGAGCUGGCUGCCCAAGUACAAGGUGAAGGAGAACCUGCUGUGUGAUGUCAUUAGCGGGGUCAGCGCAGGCACCAUUCAGGUUCCUCAGGGUUUGUCAGUCUCCUCCCUCUGUUGUUUCAUCAUUUGAGCUGUUGUCCUGCUAAAUAUAAUCUCAGAUGAGAGUUGGAAGCAGAAUAGUUUCAUAGUGAUGUUUUUAACAUUACAAUUUAUUAUCAGAGUUAAUAUUUCCCUUGAUUAUGGUUGAUUUAUUCAAUUCAUGAGUCAUGUUCUGUGCAGGCAUGGCGUUUGCUCUGCUGGCUAACCUACCGCCUGUCAAUGGCCUCUACUCCUCCUUCUUUCCCCUCAUCCCCUACUUCUUCAUGGGCACUGCUCACCAAAUGGUCCCAGGUACUGUACAUGUACUGUAAAUCUACAAAGAUAUUUGAAGACUUUAGAUGAAAGACUUUAGAUCCUUAAACUGUGAUGUGAUUGAGUGAUCUCUAUGUCCAGGUACUUUUGCCGUGCUCAGUAUCAUGGUGGGAAUGGUGUGUCUGAGUCUGGCCCCUGAGUCUGACUUCAGCCACUUCAAUGCCACCCUCAAUGCUACAGUAGUGGAUGAGGACAGGAUGAAUGAGGUUCGCAUGGGCAUCUCUGGAACGCUGGCCUGCCUUACUGCCAUCAUCCAGGUACGGCCUGAAGGCCACGUAGAGGCUUAGUUCAUCAUUGUACAGUGUUAAUACAAUAUGUUACCUUAGUGUGGUAUCGUGAAAAUAAUACUGUCUUAAUAAAUGUAAAUGACCUGGUACACAAAUUCUAUCUGAGCAGAUGGGCCUGGGCCUAAUGCAGUUUGGUUUCGUGGCCAUCUACCUGUCGGAGUCGUUCGUCAGGGGCUUCAUGACGGCUGCAGGACUACAGAUCCUCAUCUCUGUACUGAAGUACAUCUUUGGUAUUAAAGUACCUCCCUACAGUGGACCACUUGCCACCAUAUAUGUAAGUCUCUUAUCUGCAUGCAGAACUACAUUACUACUUACACUAACCAUGAUCCCCCUCUCUAAAGUUUCUAAAGGUUGGCAAAAUUAUGUCCCUUUUUGUCCCAGACUCUUAAAGAUAUUUUUUAUGGCCUGCCUGACACCAACAUAGCCUCGCUGGUCUUUGCUCUGGUCAGUAGUGUGGUUCUCAUAACAGUGAAGGAGCUGAGUGCACGCUACCGCCACAAGCUGCCUUUCCCCAUCCCCAUGGAGAUCAUUGUUGUGAGUAAUGGAGGAGACUAGUCUGUUCCUCUUAUGCUAUGCUAUGCUUUGCUAUGCUAUGGAGUUGUAAGACUAAUAUAAAUGAUUAAACCAGAACUUCCCUUUGCACAGGUGGUGGUGGCCACAGCUAUAUCAGGUCCCCUGGACCUGCCUGAGAAGUAUCACAUGAACAUAGUGGGGGAAAUUCCCCUAGGGUAAGGGACACAGAACAUUACCAGAAAGGUUUACUGUUAUGGUUUGCUAUUAUGGCUGUUUUACAGUCUAUCCUUACACAGUAGAUUCUGUGAUCCCAACCUCUUCUUUUAGAUUUCCUGCUCCGAUCCUCCCAACAGUGAUUCAGUGGGAUGACAUGCUGAGCACAGCCUUCUCCCUGGCUAUCGUGGGCUAUGUGAUCAACCUGGCUAUGGGCAGGACACUGGCAGCAAAGCAUGGCUACGAUGUGGAUCCCAAUCAGGUACGAAUAGGGGACAAGCAUGAGGGGAAAGGAAGAAAAUCUACAUUAUUGUCUUUUUUUUCUUUUCUUUUUUUACAUAUGAGAUGGAAACCCCAUGUUGUUCCAUUUUUUAUGUAAUGCCAUCAAAUCCCUAUGUCUAAGCUUUCUGAUAUAGUCUCUAUUACUCAUCAUAGUGUACUAUAAACACUGAUAGGAGUGUGUGUUUCUGUGCAGGAGAUGUUGGCUCUGGGCUGCAGUAAUUUCCUGGGAUCUUUCUUCAAGAUCCAUGUGAUCUGCUGUGCUCUGUCUGUCACCCUGGCAGUAGACAAUGCUGGGGGAAAAUCACAGGUCAGACACAGGGAGCGUUGAAGCAGGGCCAUGUAGAAACUUUGCACGGCACAAGACAACACAGUAUUCAUUGAACAUACCUCUUACUUUUAUGCUUAACAAUUCACUUAAUAAUCAUUCACUUGUUAAUUUACUUUCUGGUUGAUUGACUGACUAACAUAAUGUACCAAGUUUCAUCAGAGCUCUGUUCAGUACACAACAGUUAGUAUGUAAUAUUGUCAUCUUGUCUCAAUAAACAAUCUCUCCUCUUCUUUCCCCUUCACAGUUUGCCAGUCUGUGUGUGAUGCUGGUGGUCAUGGUCACCAUGUUGGCCUUGGGGGCUUUCCUCAAACCACUACCAAAGGUGAGGACCUUAAUUUCAAUGCUUUCAAAAAAGAUAAAAACAGUGACGUACAGCAGGUGUUCUCAACCUUUUCCAUUCCGGGGCCCACUGAAGCGCUUUCAAAUCAGGGACCCCCUGAAAGCUCUCUGAGGCCCCCCCCAGUAGUCCUAGACCCCCUGGUUGAGAAUCACUGACGUACAGUAACACUGAAGGUUGAAAAUCAAAAGACGUCUUUGUUUCAUCUUUUAUCAUACAUGUUCAUGAUCUACAAAUAACAUGUUGAAGGUAUUGAGUGUUAAUCACCAUUUAUUCCUGUAGUCUGUGUUGGGAGCCCUGAUAGCUGUCAACCUGAAGAACACCCUGCUGCAACUCUCUGACCCAUAUUACCUCUGGAAGAAGAGCAAACUGGACUGUGUGAGUCAAAUGACCCACAGAUUAAGUGUCAGCACUGAUGACGAUACUCAAAUACUGUCAAAUAUACUGCUCUAAUUACCCUGUAUCUUGUCCAGUGUGUGUGGGUUGUGUCAUUUUUAGCCACGUUCUUCCUGAGUUUGCCUUAUGGAGUUGCUAUUGGAGUUAGCUUCUCCAUCCUCGUGGUUAUUUUCCAGACCCAGUUGUAAGUAAAACAACACUGAUUGCGUAGUAAAAGUCACAGACUGGCAUAUUUGCUAUAGUCAUCUGUUUUUGAAUUGUUAAAAAUAUAUAUUAUACAUGUUAUAUUUUGUUCUUCACAGUCGAAAUGGUUCAGAGAUGGCUCAGAUCAUGGACACAGAUCUCUACAAAAAUCCCAAGGUCUACAGCAAGGUAGUAAAACAUCGUAUCCACCAUUUACUUUGUUUGUCUUCUUUCAUAGCAAGGUUUUAUGAAUGUGAAUCUAUCUAAUGGAAUGCAUACAUUUUUCUAUUUCUAUAGGUGAAAUCAGUAGAGGGGGUGAAAAUAGUGAACUACUGCUCCCCUCUCUAUUUUGCAAAUGCAGAGAUAUUCAGACGGAAAGUCAUCAAAAAGGUACUUUAAUGACUAUAGGAUGGCCAUAUCCCUCUCUCAGCCAUGCAAAGUCAAUUAUGUUUAGAAUCAUUUCCCAUCUGGUGUGUUUGUGUGUAGACUGGAUUGGACCCAGGUAAACUUCUCCUGGCCAGGAAGAAGUUUCUGAAGAAGCAGCAGAAGGAGUUAGAAGGGCAAAACAAGAAGACCAAGAAGAAGAAGCCCUGCUCUCUGGUAACCAUGAAGUCUGAGGUCAGAGGUCAAGUGGCGUCAGGUCAAAGGGCAUUCAUGCAUUAAAAUGGCCAAAGUCAGUUUAAACUAGCUACCUUAAGUUGACUAUUUUGUGGUUAUGUCCUCCCCCAUGUCUAGACCAUAUCACAGCUAGAGCUUCAGAAUGACUUUGGCAUUUGCGACGGCAAUCCUUACCCGCCACCAUCACCCACCAGCUAUGUCAACUUCCACUGUAGUGACAUUGAGCUGGGCGAGCAGCCUCCUGACCCAGAACAGCCCAGUUCCUCCCCUGUCACCCUGGACUCUCAACCCAGGCCCUUCCACACCCUCAUCCUGGACCUGGCAGGGGUCUGCUUCAUAGACCUCAUGGGAAUCAAAGUACUCACCAAGGUCAGACAGCUAGCCAUUUGGUUUUUCUUUGUUUUUCUUUUAUUUGGAUCCCCAUUAGCUGAAGCCUUGGCCAUUUGUUUACAAUUAUGCUAGCUGCAGUAUAUGAAUAGUGAGAUGAUGAGUGAUACUACUGUAAGUCUGAAAGUGCAGGAUGCAUUUGAACUUUUACAGUGAUAUGCACUGCAGCUCUCAUAGAGUUUGUUGAGGCUUGAUGUGUGCUGUUAUGUGUUUGUCAUUCACAGAUGAACUCAAGCUAUGAGUUGCUGGGGAUCAAGCUUUACUUGGCCAAUGUUCAAGGUAAGAUCUAGUUUUCAUGACGUAGCUACCUAUCGAACAGCCAGGUGACUUUCAAUAGUAGUCAUGGGAACAGAAUCUUACUUGCAGGAGCAAAAAGCUGAGUUACUGUCUGCAAACUAAGGACACAUAGAAGAUUAAAUAGAAUAUAGUUAAUGGUUAAAAUUCCAUCUCAGCAUGACCAUAAUAGGAUCUAGAAUAUUCCAUUUCCUUCUCCUUUUCGCUUUUUCCUAUUGAGAUAAAGAGGUGAUUCAUCAAAGGGAAUAGUGCAGGUUGGCAAUCAAUUUACCAUUCAUUUACAAAGUGGCCUCUGUUCUUCUGCUGAAUCAUAUAUGCAAUGCCUUGGGUUUCUUGAUCCAAAAGUUGUUUAAGGUCAUUUGAGUUCCAUCACGUUGGAUGGAAAAUUCAGUCCCUUACCACAAAAGCCCAUGUCUGUCCCUAAAUGUCUUUCACAGAAAAACCCUAGUAUCAUAGAGGGCAUGCAAAAUCCCUGAACUCCCUAGUUUCGCUCCUUGUAUUACUUUGUUGAUUUCUGGUGUGUGUUUACAGCACAGGUGUACGAGGAGCUGGAGGAGGGAGGGGUGUUUGAGGAGGGCAGUAUUGCCCAAGGUCACCUCUUCCUCUCUGUCCAUGACGCCAUCCUCUGUGCCCAACAGAGGUCGAGAAACAAUGGAGGCUCUGAAAAGGCAGGUCCCACCUACUCCUACACCUUAUCAUUAUGA